GGGUAUCUUUAGACUUUUUCACGUCGCGAGUGUAAGUACGUGCACGAGCACGAAUCUCGCGACAAAAUCAGAUUAUCAAUUAACAGGGACUAAAUAUCGGAAACAACAUGCACGCACAUGGCAUGGAAAGCUACGCAAGAACAAGAUAUAUAGAUAUGUUUGUGCUCUUUUUUCUUUCUCUAUGUCUGAGCUAUUGUUACGCGUUCCCUCGUGUGACAUUACUAAACAGACGGAAUUUGCCUUCUUCAAAUGCUCAAGUACAUUUUAACAUUACUUCAAAUGCUCAAGAUGAUACUCGUCCGAUAAUAGACGAAGUAUCUUAUGUUGACUUCGAUCUUGAACUCCCAACAUCUCUUUUUAAAAAGCCAAAUUUCUGUAAUGAUUGCGUUUGCGGCCUUGGAAGAAAAACAAGAAUUAUUGGCGGCAAUAUAACAAACGUUUUUGAUUAUCCCUGGAUAGUUAGCAUGAGUGAAAAAGGCAAAUUUUAUUGUGCUGGUACUGUUAUUACGCGAAAGCAUAUACUUACUGCGGCUCAUUGUGUGCGAGGAUUCGAUAUUAAAACUAUCAAACUUAUCUUGAUGGAUAAUGAUCGACCCUUUAUAGGAAGUAGUGCUAUAAUUCGUUACAUAAACUCGGCAACCAUUCAUGAAAAUUUUCAUAGCUACUCGUUUAACAAUGAUAUUGCUAUAAUAGAGAUGAACGAACCUGUAUCUCUGAAUGAUAUUGUACGAACAGCAUGUUUACCAGAAGACAAAACAAUUGAUUAUACUGGAGCACUCGCAACUGUUAUCGGAUGGGGUCGAACAGGAGAAACCAAGCCUGUAAGUGAUGAAUUACGAAAAGUUAAUUUACCAAUUUUAUCAAAGGAAGAAUGCGAUCAAGCUGGAUAUGCUAAAAAUCGAAUCAGCGAGAACAUGUUUUGUGCCGGUUAUAUAGAAGGAAUAGGAGGACAGGAUGCUUGUUAUGGUGAUAGCGGUGGUCCUUUACAUGUUAAAGGAAUCUAUGGACAACUUGAAGUUAUAGGCAUCGUUUCCUGGGGACGAGGUUGCGGACGACCAAAUUUUCCUGGAGUCUUCACAAAAUUGACUAAUUAUAUUGCGUGGAUUAGAGAUCACAUUGAUGAGGAAUGUAUUUGUCCUCCACCGCAUCAACAAUCAAAAUAAUGUAUUAUCUAAUGUUACUUUGUUAUCGAAUGUAUUUACAUUAUAUUUAUUUAUUGUUCUGUUAAA